UUGCCGCUCUUCGCCAGUAGGGGGAGUAGGCUAAAAAUGUCAAUAAAGUUGCCGAAAUUGGCCGAAAGUGUACGGUCUUUGAUGAGAGGGAUAAGACGACCUAACUGGGAGUGUCAGGGGUCAAAAAAGUUCAGUAGAAGGUUCAUGCCCUACGACGAGCAUCAUUGCCACGGACAUCAACAUCUUUAAACGGAGGACAAAUAUUUGUAACUUUUAUUACGGACUAUAACCGGUAAGAAUGCAUAACUUAAUAGCAUAAUUAAAUCUGAGAGAUAAUUAGAGUUUAAUUUUUAAUUAGUAUAGUUUUUAACAACUGUUUAGGAGAAGACAAUGUCUGCAAAAAAAUCGCACAAAGGCAUGUCGGACGCUGAAUGGAUUUCACGUCUAAGAAAGUUUGCCAGUACAGGUGUUUGGCCUUCAGAAGAAGGUAAUAGACCAGCUCCUAGACAAAAAAAGUGGCACGAGCUUUAUCAAAGGAUUGAAAAAUGCCCGAUGCACUCUCGUGGCCAGACAACAUUGUUUGGAGGUGUCCUAAAGUGCACAUGUGGUUUUCACACUCAAAAGCCACCUAUGUCUACUGGACAGACACCAAGGGUCAUGCAACAACAGUCUGCUGCUGCUAUUGGAUCACCACAGGAGGAGAGUCAGCAUCAACCCCAGGUCCAGCCUCAACCUCAGGUCCAGCCUCAACCUCAGGUCCAGCCUCAACCUCAGGUCCAGCAUCAACCUCAGGUCCAGCCUCAACCUCAGGUCCAGCAUCAACCUCAGGUCCAGCAUCAACCUCAGGUCCAGCAUCAACCCCAGGUCCAGCCUCAACCUCAGGUCCAGCAUCAACCUCAGGUCCAGCAUCAACCUCAGGUCCAGCAUCAACCUCAGGUCCAGCAUCAACCUCAGGUCCAGCCUCAACCUCAGGUCCAGCCUCAGCCUCCACCCCAGCGUACUCCAUCAAGGAUUUCGCCAAGUUUGUCACAGGUAGAUUAA